AUGACUUCCGACUCCAGCUCCUCCACGCACUCCGAUUCGCUGCCUACUACUCUUGAUCUUCCGUCGCCUUUUGUAGACACGACCAAAGACUCUGCCCAUCUCGCCUUUGCACCGAUAGCGCUGGCGCAAUACCACAACAUUGUCGAAAAACUGGCCUCCAACAACCUCUACCGCAUCCUACGCGCACCAGGACCCAUUCGUGUAUGGGUCUACCGAUCGCUACUCGCCGAGCAACAACUGUGGAAUGAUUGGGACCGCCGCGCGCUAUCACACCCUGACUUGAAGACUGAAACGGGAGAAGGCAUGGCUGAAGGCAGCAUCAACGACACGGAGAGCACGGGCGAGUCAGAGCGGCCCGAGAGUUCGACGGGCAUAAAUGCACGACCAUAUCUCACCCGACUUCGCCUUGCGCUCGCGCCCUAUACCGUACAUUUCCACAAUCCAGGCUAUGUCCGGGACGAUACAUUGCGCAUGCUGGAACGAGAUGUGGUCAAGAAAACAUUGGAAGAGUCGCGGAAAAGUCUGGAACUGCGCGAAGAACUCGGCCUCUCGUGGGAGUUCUGGGACGAUCUUGCGGGCGUGCUGAAAGCCGCUAUACCCUCCCUCGAACGUCGCUGUUUCGCUGCUCCAGAUCCUGCUGCGCCAGAAUACGAGGGUCUGUCGGGCCCGUUGAUCGCAAGCUAUUCGCCGAGCCUGCUUAGGGACCUAGAACGACUAAACCAGCUCGUGUGCAUAGCCCGGAAUGUGCAGGUACAUGGAGAGAAGGUGCAGAACCUAAGCGCCGACAGGUUGUUCGACAAGGACAUUUUCGCAUUAAUCAAUGUCUGUGUACGUGUCACUGCACGAGGCUACGACGGCGAGGCUGGGACUCAAGACGAGGACAAAUGGCAGGGUGUCAUCAACGCAUACAAGAAGCUUCUCAUCACUUGUUUGCAAUUCCUCAACAAUCUGAUCGCACGGAACGAACAGCGGAAACUCAUGCUCUGGAUCGAACUGUUCGACAGUCACCUUGAUAAUGAACUACCCAACUUUGCCGACAUGAAGUACAAGAUGGACGAAUUUCCACAAGACCAAGGUCCGCCACCCGAAGAGCAACCAUUACCAACACAUGCAGCACGUAGUUUAGACACCUUCAAGAUCCCACAGCAACCUGCUUCUUCGCCGUUUCUGCUCUACAUUGGCGAGACGGGUAACGACGUCAAGAAGGCCUUGAUACAUCAUGGCGUCAAGGCAGGCGCCAACGAGAUUGCUGCUGAGUGCAGGCGGAGGUGGCAGACCAUGAGCGAAGAAGAGAAGAACAAAUGGAACAUGCUGUAUGCAGAUGUGGUCGCUAGGUAUCGAGACCAGAUCACCCAGUCUAGCACAUACCGCAAAGUUGUAGACCAGCAUGCCAAGAACGAAGAGAGUGUGCAAGCACUCGCAAAGAGCAUCAACCAACUUCAAGUCGAGGUCGACAGGAUGCGUUCAUCCAUCACCGCUCUCCCUGGCGACGAAUCUAGCCGCGAGCAACAAGCGUCCCAAACCGCAGCGGAGAAGCAGUCUCCAAAACCAGCAAUAGAUGACUCGUUACUAGAUCCAAGCAUCAAACGGUCUCCCCCGGCAGGUGAGAUCGAUUUCCGUGUGACAUACCCGCCAUCCUUCGGUGCGGAGAUCCUCCAGAAUGGCAAAGAAGAUCUGCUAAAGCGUCUGGAGCCAGACCCCGACCGUCCAUCAGGGCUAAUCAGUGACGUAGCGUCUCCCACUUCUCCUCCGCCAGAGGAUGACGAUGACAAUGAUGACGACUACGAUGACAUACCUGGUGAUGAAGGCCGAGGGUUGCUCACAGACGUCCCACUUAUCCUGGGUCCUACCGAGAUUGAGGUUUUGCCUAUGAUCAUCAUGGCCGGGAUUGUUGAGCCAGCAGAGGGGCAGCCUGGCUACCACUCGGAUCCAACCGUCUUCAGCAGUGUGAGGAGCAUGCACGGCGUUCGAUGUCAUUUGCUUCUCGCACAAGACAAUGGCCGAAACCUACUACGCGAGUUGUUGAUCUUCGUUGCAGCUUGGGAUCUGCGCGAGGAAGAAUUAUACUUCAAGUUUAUGGUCAAGAUCAUGGAAGCUAUUCUCGCAAAUCAGCUACUGCCGUUUGCUUACCACGCCUUCAGAGAGUCUGAAUCGAAAGACAUCAUUUCUCCGGCCCAAGCAGUCAUCAUGAAGCUUCUUACCAAUAUCUUCCGCGCUAGACAAGCCCGUGCUCAACCCACGAAGGGCCAUCUCAAGGUAAACCACCCACAAGUGGAUCAAGGCGACGUACACAUGGUCAACUUUCUACUUACCGAGUUUCGCCGCCAUAUUAUUCCUCAAACAUGCGCCCUCAUCUUCCUGCAAGGCCAGAUUCGCGCAGGACAUGCGCAACCCGAAGACUUUCCUCUGAAUCUCUGGGAUAUGGAGCGCAUGUACGAGGGCGUGUAUCAAUACCUAGAGUUCUUCGCUAUUCUUACAGAACACGAGACGUGGAAGAGGAUGUUGAGCAAUUGGGAGAUCUCUCACGAACUGGUGACCCUACUGAAAGAGCUAGACGCAGCGAUACCCAAGGGUCAGCUAUCACCGCCUCCCCUGAGAAAUGUUCAACAUGCGCCGCCACCUCCAGCACCAGUAGAGGUGGAUAUCCCUUCGCCGCAACAGCACCAGCAACAACAGCAACAGCAACAGCAACCACCACAGCCGCAACCGGUCGCUGUUGAGCGGCCAUACGAUACUACAGCUGCGGCCGCUGAGCCAUACAUUCCUCCGCCUACCUCACCGUCACCUCGACCAUACAUGGACGAAGCAGCCGACGAACCCUCAGACUUCGAAUGGCGCAAUCUCAAGAAGCUCGCCGUCCUUGUCCUCAGCUCCCUAGUCUGGAAGAACAAGCACGUUCAAGAUCAGAUCCGCCCACUUGGCGGUAUCGAGGCAGUACUAAACUGCUGCUCCUACGACGAGCACAACCCAUAUAUUCGUGAACAUGCCAUAAUGUGUCUCCGUUUCCUCAUGGAAGGCAACAAAGAAAACCAAGACCGCAUCCACGCUCUAGAAAAGUACAAUCAAGAUGCCAACGCAAAGGCUAAAGCAGCAGCGAAUCCAAACUCGAAUCCAGACACAGCAGUCCCGUCACCAGCAGGCGAGAAUAGUGGGAGUGGCAGUGGUGGUAGUAGCAAUAGAUCAUCAGUCAACAUCCGCGUACCCGACGAAGUGCUCGACCAACAAGGGUACGAAACCUACAUGGAUAAACAAGGCCAGGUUAUGUUGCGCAAACGUCAACAACAACAACCUCAGUCUUCGCCUGCGCAUCAGAAUCAGAACCAGCCACUAACGUCUCGCUCAGAUAUCGGGGGCAGUAAUAGCAACAGUAAUGGCAAGGGUAAAGGCAAGAUUGAUGCUACUGCUGCUGCGUUGAGUGGAAUGGCAGGCAUGAGUGGUGGUCUGAGAGACCCCAAGGCGCUGGAGGAUAUGGUGCAGCAGGUUAUGCGGGGUUUACCCAGAGUACAAGGCUUGAGGGGUGACGAGGAGAGGGCGGUGGAGGUUGAGGAAGCGCUGAAGAAGUUGGAUAAGGGUUUUGAUGGGGGGUCAUAG